UCAAAUAAGUUUAGUAAAAUUAUAGGACAAUUUUUUAAUAAUUUAAUUUUUAAAAGUAAUUCGUAAUUUUUUUCCCGUUAAAAUUAAAUCACUUCUAAGUUUUUCAUUGAAAUAAUAAUAAAAAAAUUGUAAUGUAUUGACAAAAAGAAAUGUGCGUUUUUUUAUUACAAGUGUCAUUGAAUAUUAGGAAUACGUGAUAAUUAAAUGUAAAUUAUAAAAUAAUCAUAAAAUCUAGUGGCUUGAAGGAAUUGAAUGCAAAGCAGGGAAUGGGUUUAAAAAAAAAUAAUAAUAGUAAUAAUAAUAAUUAUGGUUUAAAAAAAUAAAAGGUGAAAUAGGUGGGGUAUAUCAGCCAGAAAUAUAUUAACGUGUUGAAUCAGACUGAUUUGUUUUAUAUUAUUUUUAAAAGAAACCCGUAGACUAAUACCACGAGGAUUGGUUAGAAAAGCUAAAGUAUCAACGGCUGCGCAAAGUCUAAAGCUUUGUAAAUAUAAUUUAUUGUACAAUAUAAUUAACAAAAAAAAAAAAAAAGUUGUGUAAGGUCAUGGCCGUAAAAGAGUGGUUUAGACAACUGCAACCAGUUCAACUUUACUUAGUGCUUUUCUUCACAACUACCUUCUUCAUCGUUGAAAUAAUAACUAGUCAUGUGACACAUUCACUUACCCUACUACUUAAUGCUUAUCACAUGCUAUGCAAUAUUGUUGCAUUAGUCGGCUGCAUCGCUUCUAUUAAGUAUGGCAAAGAAGAUAAAUGUCGCAGAAAUCGUAAUUCAAACGAUUCAACAACUUGUGUUAAUGAAAAUGAAAAAAAUCCGGCAUCGACGGACUCAAAACAUUCGUGUUCAGAUAGAAGAAUGAAGAAUACAUUCGGAUGGGCACGAAUAGAUAUUGUAACGAUGCUAGUGUGUUGUGUACUACUAGCAUCAUUUUGUUUUUCAUUAAUAGUAGAAGCAUUACAGACUCUCAUUCAUAUAGAUCAUCUCGAUGAAAUGCAUCAUCCGGUGCCGGUGAUGUGUAUUGGAGUCUCGGGAAUACUUCUCAAUGCAUUUUGCUACGUAAUUAUCGGCGGUUAUACGUUCAAUCAAGGUCUACUGCUUCAUGUCACUAAAGAUGGAAAUGUCGUCCUUCAAAAAAAUAUAGAGAAUGCAACAGAUGAACAGAGACUCGCUAAUCCGACUAGACGAAGUCCACUAGCCAUUCCCAGGAGACAAGGAUUCCAAGAAAUGUGUCGCGAUGUUCUUGGAUGUAUUUUAGUUGUUAUUAAUUCGUUGUUAGUUUAUUUUACUGAUGCACAUUUGGCUAAAUUUUUUGAUCCAAUAUUUGCUAUUAUUUCCUCUAUAUCGCUUUUUGUAUUGAGUUAUCCGUACUUAAGAGAGUCUGGCUUAAUUUUGCUACAAACAAUUCCUAAUCAUAUUAAUAUUGACUCAUUAAAAAAAGAAUUAUUAGCUGCAUUUCCGGGUAUUGUUAAUGUACAUGAUUUUCAUGUGUGGCAAUUGGCUGGUGAAAAAAUUAUUUCCACAAUACAUAUUAUAUUUUUAGAUCAAACGGUAUAUUCAGUGAUAAUUGAUCAAGUGACAACAUUUUUUAUGGAAAUGGGAAUAACACACGUGACAAUACAACCCGAAUUUCAAAAAAUAAAGGGAGUUAAUAAAUCCGAUUGUUUGAUCCGCUGUCGAGGUAAACGUUGUAUAGAAUCCCAGUGUUGUUCAAAAGACGAUUUGCUUGACGAAGUAAUAAUGGAUAAAAAUGAUAAAAGUACAACAAUAAGCAAAAAAUUUUUGCGUAAAGAAAUAAUUCCCUCAGAGGAAGAUAUUAAUUUAAAAAAAUUCACGCUUCACAAAAGCGACAGUAUUAAAUCGAUGAAUGUGAGUUUGAAAGAAACUGAAAAAAUAACAGUUCCAACACCGCCAAAAGAUUACAGAAAUAGUUGCCCGGGUAGUAAUGUCAGUAUCAUUAAUGUUGAUAUUAAUUCCGUUAGUGCUAAUGACUCAUUUGAAAAUAUUAAAAAAUAAUUUUUUAUAAUAGUAUUGAAUCAAUAACUUUUUUUAAUGCUACAGUGUAUUUAUAAUAAGACUGGAUCGUAGAGUAUUAAAAAAUAAAUGUAUAUAAAUUUAUCUUAUAACUGUUAAUUUUUAAUGCAAUAAAUAACUUUUUUUUUCAUUCAAAA